AUGUCGGCCUACUGGCACAUGUAUGUGCACGGGGGCCUGCACACAUAUGUGCAUGGGGGCCUGCACGUGUAUGCACUCACAGUUCGGCACAUGUAUGUGCAUGGGGGCCUGCACACGUAUGUGCUUGAACGCCAGCACAUGUAUGUGCACGCAGCCUGCACAUGUCCCCAGAGCCACCAGACGUGCUGGGAGGCUCGGGAGAGGAGGCUGCAGCUCUCCAAUUCCCGGGAUAACCCGUGCGGGAGCCGCAGGAAUCGUUACGCCGGGGCGAAAGCCGCAGGCAGCGGCGGCGCGCGGAGCCCCCCGCGCACCCAGCGCCCGCUCCUCUCUUCCAGCCACGCGUCCCGCGCCGUGUCGCCCACCACGAGCUCCCAGAUCCAGGCCAGGAAGAAGCGGCGCGGGGGCUCCUCCAAGCUGGAGAAGGCAGAAAUCCUGCAGAUGACAGUGGAUCACUUGAAGAUGCUUCAUGCCACGGGAGGAGCAGGCUUCCUCGAUGCCCGAGCCCUGGCCGUGGAUUACAGGAGCAUCGGCUUCCGCGAAUGCCUCACGGAAGUGGUCAGGUACCUGGGCAUCCUCGAGGGACAAAACACGCUGCAUUCCCGGCCCUGCGGGACGGCUGCCCCCGAUCCCAAACCCUUCCCUCCUCCUGCAAAGCCCUCUCUGCAGAGCCCGGCCUUGCUCCUCCUGGGAAAACACCAGCCCGGCCUCAAGGAGCGUCUCAUUCCCGCGGACACUCGGGGUUUGCAGACGGACACUCGCUCGCGCUCGGCCCUCGGGAUGUAG